ACACCAACAACAAGAAACGCAUCGAAAGAAAACAAGUCAAAAGAAAAAGAUAAAAACUAACGCAAACAUUGCAUUCGAGACCUUUGUUCCCUUUCCAGUCAUCCCCACUCUUUUUCGUCUGCACAGUGUCUGAGUGUCGUCUCUUUUCCUCUCUCUUUUUCCCCUUCUCUCAAACAAUGGAACACUGAAACUGUAGCCUCCGAUUAAAGAGAGUAAAAGCCUUGGUCUCCAAGUGAUGAGAGAGUGAACCGGUGAGAAAGAAAAAGGAAAUGGAGGGAGCAGAGGAGGAGUUGGAGAGGAGGAGCAAGUUCCUCAGCAGUUUGAUACAGAAGAAGAAAUCGAUAGAGCAGCAAGAGCAGCAUGACAGCCUCAACGUGCGCGUCAGAGCCUCUGACAUGCCCUUUCCUUUGCAGAACCGUGCCUUUCGCUGCGCACGAGACCAUCUCGACUCCAUGCCCGGCAAGCUUGACAGCAAACGAGUCGCCCUCGCGCUUAAGAAGGAAUUUGAUUCAGCAUAUGGUCCAGCUUGGCACUGCAUUGUGGGAACUAGCUUUGGCUCAUAUGUCACACAUUCCACAGGGGGCUUCUUGUAUUUUUCAAUUGACAAGGUUUACAUCCUUCUCUUCAAGACUGCUGUUGAGCCCUUAGAUCAUUGAUUUGCCUUUACAAUUUGAAUUCUAUCCAACUCGAUCCGGGCUUUAUGAAAUUAAAUACUUCCUCUGUCAAUUUAUCUGUAAAAUGGUAGACUCCCAAAUUCAUAAACAUCUGUAUUGUGUGCUUCUGUAUUGAUGACUCUCCUUAUAUUAAGUGCAUAAAAGAGUGAGAGUUUGUGGUGUGAA